UUUCUUUUAAAUAAACAAAACAAAACGUGCAAAUUAGUUUAAUGAUUGUGAAUAUAUUCAAAAUAUUUUGUAAGCUACAGCAUUAAAAAAAUUAAAAAGAGUUACCCAUAUAAAUAUUCUAAUCUGCACACAUAUCCUCGCAUGCGAUAUCUUAAACGAUAUUUUACACGAUAUGUGCAAGUGCAUGACAACCCUGUUGCGUUGUUUACGCGUCGUCUCAUCACCAUAGCAACAACAACAACAAAAACCAAUUGCAUCUGCCGCAGGUUUCAGCGGAUUUAGAGGACCAUCUGGAGGAGUCGCUACAAUGUAUGAGGAAUGAGCGACACGGACACGGACGACACCGAUCUUCUGCUGCUCAUACCGCCCAACUAUUACACGGACACCGCCGAGCGGCUGCUGCAAGAGGUCAAGAUGAUGAGCGCAGGCGCGGCAGCGUCGGCGGAUGCCCUGGCCAUGCCACCACCCCCGGCACCCACGACUGCGGCAUACCAGUUCCUGCAUCCCAGCAAGAAAACGGAGCUAAAUCAUAUUAACGCCAGGCUGCAGAACAUUGGAAUGGCGGAGGCAGAGGAUGAUCGGCCUUUCGAAACGCACUCCGAUAUAUCUACAAUAUCCACAAACACGGUGAGGCACGGCGACAGGGUGCUACACGGAAUGGUGCACUCCACGCCGAAGAGUGGAUCUGUAGAACCCCCGAUCAGGCACCGGCAACGGUCUACGGAGGAUAAUAUCCUCCUCGAGAUCGAUCACUAUCUGGAAGAGAACGUUGGGAAUCGCUGGCAGCCCCGGGAUCAUCACCUUCAUCACCACAGCGAUGAACAACUGCGGAACGAACGGAUGCUGGUGCAGGAUGUGCAGCAGGCGGCUACCUCCCUGCCCAGCAUGCGGCUGGCAUCCUCUGCCUCCGGCUCAUCCAUGGAUCCAGCCAGAUGCCAUCGAAAUAGUUAUGGCCAAGCCGAGAACAAACUCAUCAGCCUGAGCGAACUCUGGGGAAAGAACAGCUACACGGGAACUGUCCUGGAUAACAACAACUCGCCCCACCGAAGGCUGAGCAGUCCCUCCCUUAAGGAGGAGCAAUUGCGGCGUCAGCACCUGGAGAAGACUAUCCACACGCUGCAAUCGCAGCUGCUAGAAUACCAGCAGCGCAUAUCAGUGGCCAUCGAAGUGGAUCGUUCCAAGGAUGCAGCCCUAGCCGGAGCAGAGCAAACUGCCAAGGCCCUCAACUAUGAAGUACAGCAACUGCGGGACCGGAUUCACCAGUUGGAAGCGGACCGAACCGAAUCUCAUGGCAAAAUUGAUAAUCUGCAGCACGAGUUGGCGCAGGCAGUCAACUUGGCCACCAAGUUUCAGGAGAAGAACGAAAAACUAGAGACGGAAAUGGAUCAUCAAAGGCAGGAGGCCAAGCAAUGGGAUGACAAGCUGGAACAGUUGGAAAUCCAGCUGCACAGCAGCAGAAGAGCCGAGGAACUAUCCCAUGCGGAGCUCAACAAGCUGAGGGAUAAGUUUGCCAAAGUGGAUUAUCAGCAGGAAAAGCUCAAAACCCGCAUAGAGGAGCUGGAGAAAGACAAGAGCACCUUAACACAUCAGAAGGAAAUGCUGCAGGAAUAUCAUCAAAAGCAGAAAACUCGAGCGGAUGCCUUGGAAACGCAGAGAAAGUCCCUGCAGGAGACCUUGGCCAACCUAACAGAAACUGAGACCAACCUUAAAAAGAAGCUGGAGGUCCAACAAAAAUCCUUAAAGCAAUAUUACCAACAGCAAAUGGAGAAUGUGGUAGCCAAGAAGAUGCAGGAGUUUCAAGAUCAGUUGGACAAAACCGAAGAGCAUCUCAAGAACGAGGCACGCGAGCGCGAAAGACUGAUAGCCGAGCGGGCGGUAAAGCAGCUGGAAAUGAUCAAUGAAAAGAACAAUCAGGAACUGAAUCUCAUACAGGAGAAGCACAGCGAAGAGGUGGAGUUAUACCGCCUGCAGCUGGCCAAUGCCUCCAAAAAGAUAGAUGAGAUGGAUCUAAAGCUGGGCUGUUACAAAACCAAGCGUGCUGACAUAGCGGAGAAGCUGCAUGGCGUGAUGGAGGCUCAAUGGCAGCAGGCUCUGGCCAUACUCACCUCCCCCAGUGAAAAUGCUCAUAAUCACACCUCUGAUGACACCACGGAUGGCGAGUCGCCUGAUCUGAACAAUGCCCGAGUUGUUUAUCCAGAAACACCCAAGACCAGCAAAUCGCAGCGCAGCAAUAAUACAGAGAAGAACAACCUGGAUGUGGUGGGCAAACGGGAUCCGCCCUCGCCCAUGGACAAGCUGCAGGCUUACAUAGAGCUGCUCCUAAGCAAAUCUCCCAGUGAUUUUGAUAAACUCGAUGAGAUCCUGUCACUAACAACCGGCAAACAUGGAAGCAAACAAGGCAAACCAAAGAGCGCAAGUGGGAACAGUAAGCUUCUACCGCCCUGGAAGUGCUGACAUCAGGGGAGGCUACUCUAUAUAGGAUUAUAUCUAGUAAUAAUUAUAAUAUUUGAUAUAUAUAUAGUAAUAAUUACGAUGUAUAUCGUAGUUGUAUAUGCACUUUACUUAAGAAUUGUAAAAGCAAAUGAUUUAGUUUAAAAAAUUAUGUGAGUUUUCUUUGAUUCUAUCUAGAAUUCCCAACUAUUUUUAGAGAAAAUA